UCAUCUGCCUGUUCAGCCUUCAAAGACUAGCUCUGGUACGUAUGCUUCUCUGCUGUGCUCUCCACUGCCAAGUCGGCCAUGGAUGACCUAAUCUGGGUCGCCUAGCGGCGUGUUCGCGUUCUGAUAUUAGGAUCCUCGUCUCCUCUGGUGGUUAGUCGUUUCAGACCUCGUAGGGAUUUUUUCGCCAUCGGGAUCUGGUUUUCCGCUAGUUUCGUGUUCCCAGUUAGGGGGUCGUAGCAAUCUAAUUCGCUUGGUAUCUCAUUAGGGAUUGUUGAGCACUUCGUACAACCACCCUGAAUAGUCGCUUAGGUUCUUAAAAUGGCUGGCGAGGAAGGCGCAGCAGCCGCGGACGGCGCAGCUGCAGCGCCGUCUGGCGCAGGCGGAGGGGGAGGAGCUCCCCGGGACGCGGGGGAAGCAAGCAGAGGCGCAGCGGCGGCUCCCGCGGGAGCCGGAGGCGGAGGAGGAGGGGGGGCGGACUCGUACAUCGGGUGUUUGAUUAGUCUGACUUCGAAGAGCGAGAUCCGCUACGAGGGGGUGCUCUAUACGGUCGACACGCAACAAGCUAACAUCGCCCUGCAAAACGUGCGGUCGUUCGGGACGGAGGGGCGGAAGAAGGACGGCCCUCAGAUCCCCCCGAGCGACAAGGUCUACGACUUCAUCAUCUUUCGCGGAACCGAUAUUAAGGAUCUUCAAGUCAAGUCGUUGCCACGUCAGCAGCAGGUAUCGCAGCCCCCCCGCAACCCCCUCCGCCAGCCCCGCCCCAAUUUUCCCCCCGCCCCAGCCACAGCAGCCUCCGCCACCCCCCUACCAGCAAGCGCCCCCCUACCCCGGGCCUCCCCCCCCCAGCGCCUAUGGCCCGGGUCCGCAGCACCCCCAUUACCCCCCUCCGCCCCCCUCGGGCAUGUGGGGGGCUCCGCCUCUCCCGCAGGGGGGGAUGAUGGGUCCCCCCCUCACGGGGGUGGGGGAUAUGGUCCCCCGCCAGGCCCCCCUCCCCCGAACUAUUACCCCCCGCAACACUGGCAGGGGUAUUAUCCGCCAGGGGCGCAGGGGCACAUGGGGGCACCUCCCCCUCCCCCAGGUGGACCUCCCCAGGGUAUGCCGCCCCACAUGCAGCAGCAGCAGCAGCAGCAGCAGCAACAGCAGCAGCAGCAGCAGCAGCAACAGCAGCAGCAGCAGCAGCAUCCUCAGCAGCAGUAUUCGCCCAUGGGCGCGCCUCCGCCCUCUGGCCCGCCUGCGCCUGAUUCCGCGCCAGGCGCGCUUGGAGGGGGCCCUGGUACGCUCGCUGCGCCUGAAGGGGCUUCCGCCCCACCCGCGGGUCCCUCUGCGCCCCCCGCGCCUGCUUCCGCCCCUGCUGCGCCUGCACCCGCGCAGGCGCAAGCUCCUGCGCCCCCUCCUGCUGCCCCUCUCCCUACAGAUGCCCCCGCUGCCUCUGCUGCCCCUGCUGCGGCUGCUGCUGCUGCUCCUGCUGUUCGAUCUGACGCUGGUUCAGCUCCAAAGCCGGCUCUUCUUUCUCCUGCGGACCUUGCUAAAGCUGCUGCGCCCCCCUCCACCGUCCCAGCUCCCGCCCCUGCUGCUGCUGCUGCAGCGGCCAAGCCUACCGCUCCCCCAAGUGCUCCUCCCUCUGCCCCUGCCCUUGCCGCUGCCACUGCCAAGCCUGCUCCUGCUGUGUCUUCAGCCGCAGCUGCUGCAGUAGCGGCGGCGGCGGCAGCGGUUGCGGGAGCGUCUGGUGCAGUGGCGGCUGCAGGAGUUGGUGCAGGCGCGCCCACGCCUGCUGCUGCGCCCGCUGCUUCUGCGCCUGCUAUAAUCGCCCAGCAGCCUACCGGCUGGGGUGAGUCGAUCUCUGAGGCGUCGAAAAAAACCGCUGCAGCGGCUCCUGCUGCUGCGCCUGCUAUUAUUGCGCAGCAGCCUACAGGCCGGGAGACUUCGAGUCAGCCGCUGCUGCCUCUGCCUCCUCAGCAGUCCGCUCAGCCCAAUGGCGCGCUGCCAUCUGGCCACGCUCGAAGGGGCGGGGCGGCGGGAGGAGGGAGAGGGAGAGGAGGAGGAGGAGGAGGUGGAAGAGGGGGAGGAGGAGGGGCGUUUCACCAGCAGGCGAGUGCUGCAGUGUGCAGGGUGAUGGGUGAGGUGAGAGGAGGGGCGUUUCACCAGCAGAACGUUGCAGCAUACGCGGAGGAGUUUGAUUUCAGUGCCAUGAACGAGAAAUUCAACAAGGCAGAAGUGUGGGGCGAGCUGGGGGGCCACCAGCAGCAGCACCCGCAGCAGCAGCAGCACCAGCACCAGCACCAGCAGCAGCAGCAGCAGCAGCAGGCGCAGGAGGAGCGGGAGAGUGAGGAGCAGGAGGGGGAAGGAGGGGAAGAGGGGAAGAAGGCGUCCACCAACUACGUGAAGGACGACUUCUUUGACUCUCUCUCCUGCGACGCUCUCUCCAGGGCCGGAGGCGGCAGGGGCGGCGGCAUGCGUGCGUCUGACAUGAGACGCAUGGACACCGAGACUUUCGGAGAUGUGGGUCACGGCGGUUAUGGCGGUUACAACGGAAGGGGGGGGAGAGGAGGCCGCGGAGGGCACUAUGGUUACGCCGGCGGUUACGGCGGUGGUUACGGCGGCCGAGGCGGUUACCAGGGAGGGGGUGGUUAUGGUGGGAGGGGAGGCUAUGGAGGAGGAGGGUAUGGGUACGGAGGGAGAGGGGGAGGUGGUUACGGUGGUGGUGGGUAUGGGGGAGGCGGGUAUGGGGGAGGUGGGUAUGCGGCUGGGGGAUAUGGUGGUUAUGGUGGUGGUGGUGGCGGCGGCGGCGGCGGUGGCGGCAGUGGUGGAAGGGGGCGUGGUGGUAGUUAUCGUGGUGGUGCCGGUGGUGGCGGCCGUGCAGUGCCCAUGCAAUGAUGACCUUGUCAAGGCACGUUCACAAGUUAUGUGCCUGCAUCUUGUUUACUUCUGUUGGUGUUAACGAAGGGGACGCAAAAAGUGAUUGGAUCCGAUGCUUGUUUUCUUGGUUUGACCAAUUAUAAUAACAGCCAUCUCCACCUGCUGUCGUCUUAGGUUUCUCUUCCAUUUUAUUUUGUGCUUCGUUCACUA